CGCACCCGCUGUCUCCUUGGCGCGUUGUAUUAAAAUGAUUUGUCUUGAGUUGGAGGGAUUUUUUUUUUGUUCAUUGUCUUUAACUGAUCUGUGUGGGUGCUUCGGUUUUAGUCUGCUCUCUGUUGAUCGAUAUGUCUUUCAGGCACAAUUCAAGCCCGUCCGAACAAGAUGAUGUCAGGAGUCGGCAGGGCAGGAAGCGCGGAGCAGACGGGAAGCUGAGACAACACGGAGAUACCGAGUCCACUGUGUUUGGUGAUGAAGAGCUCCAGAAGCACAGUCGCAGAUACUCGGACAACAGACCAUCUAGUUUUACAACCCCUGAGGGAGAUGGACCCACUAGCAGGUGUACAGACUGGGGCAGUGCCGUGGAACAAGAAGAAUUACGAACAAACGUCAGGAGAGAUAUGCAGAGGUACAGGAGAAGAAUCUUGGUUAAUGACUUUAACGAAAGAGAAUGGACAACCUCCUCGGGAAGCUCUGAUUCUAGAGAUUCACCUGUACCUACUGAACUGGAAACGGAUGAAGGAGUCCUUAUGAGAAGACAGAAGCAGAUAAACUAUGGGAAAAAUACUAUUGCUUAUGAUCGCUACAUCAAGGAUGUUCCAAAACCUCUUCGUCAGGCAGACGUUCAUCCUAGGACACCCAAUAAAUUUAAAAAAUACAGCAGGAGGUCUUGGGACCAGCAGAUACGAAUCUGGAGGGUUGCUCUACAUGCUUGGGAUCCACCAGCAGAGGAAGGCAGUGACUUGCAAGCAAUUCAAGAGAUUGAUCUGGAGGACAUCAUGGAAGUUGAGUCUGGGGCCAGCAGUUCAACAGAAUCGGGGACAAGUUCCCAGUCUUUGAAUGUGGGCAAAACUCCUGCAACAACACCAGAGGAUUCUUGUAGUGGCACUCCAAACAAGAUGAUGAGGCGCAUGGAUGCUCAAAUGGAAGCAGGGUUUGACUUGGAGUCGUGCUUGGCUGAAGCGCUUGACAGCAGCUGGCUUGCUGCUUCAUAAUGUGCCGAUCCAGGAGAGAUUUUAUUGGGAAAGAUCCAUUGUAGCUUAACUUCUUAAAGACCUUUGGCAAUGGGGGUUGGAUUGGGGAUGGGGUUAAAAUUACAGUACAAAUUUAAUUUCAUUUAUUUCUAGAAUAAAUGCCUAAGUCAAAGACAUCAGGAUUUUAUUUUUUAAAACUUAAAUUAUAAAGACUGGAAAUUUAAAGUCUGCAGUGUGAGUCUUCGGGCUGUAUUUUAAUACCAGCAGGGCUGAUGAAAGCCAGUUAAGCCAACACUCAAACUUGUGCUUUAUUUAAUAGUGUUGGCCAUUUAUGUUGAAAAUUAUUUUUGUAAUACAUUCUUUUGAUAUGAUGUUUUUUGUCUGACUUUAACAGCAUUAUUAAAAAAUGCAGUCCUUUGUUUUCCAAAGUUCUACAGAAUCUAAUGUUGUAUAAAGUUAUAAAUUAUGCAUAUUUUGAUAGACGGAGCAGCUGGUUUCACUAGUCUUGUACUAACUUGCUAGGUAGUCCAUGACAAGUGCUAAUCUGGGUUGUGAAACCAGCUGAAAGUGUGAGGGAACAAGUCAAGAUCUGUGAUCUUAACAGAUGACACUUCAAAUGCUUUCCUCUUGCCAUUUCAAAAAAACAAAGAUAUAUGUUUUUCAGAUUGUAGAUCUAUGUGGAUUGAGUUCUGGAAAUCUGUGAACUCAAAUUAAUCUUAAAUGCAGCAAGUGUUCCAUACAGUCAUUGGGAGGGAGGAGGGGACAUUUUUGCAUAAUCUUCCUUGGUUAUUUGGUUUGGUUAUUGUUUUGAUGCUGUUAUCUGUGUAUAGUAUAUACUUUUAUACAUGUAUGUUUAGAGUUGUAAACACGUCAAACAUAAUUUGUGGAACUUUGUUUGUUCGGACCCUAACAAAAAAAAAAAUUGUUCGAACCCUAACAAAAAAAAAAAAGUAAUGUGCACUGAUUCAAUUUCUGUAUUAAUACGUUUUUUAUUAUUUUUUUCUCAUGGCCUUUUUAUUUUUAGAAAUGACGAUUGAUUGCUGCCUGUAUAUGGCCCAGCUUGUCAAAAUAAUGUCCUGUUUCUACAGUAUGAAUGUUUUCGCCCCCAGUGUUUCUCCCUUCCAUAUUAUACAAGCAGUACACAUUAACAGACAGACAUUCAGAAUGUGUGUUAAUAUGUACUGUUCCAGUUUAUCAAAACAAAAAACAAAGACAUGACGAAGACAAGUAUUUUGUGGUGGGAGGCAGAAUAAAACGCUGGUCUGUUUACACUGCUGGCAGCACCUUAUUGCUGUCUUGGCUGAUUUAUUACUUGUUUUUUUUUUUUUAAUCAUUAUUAGAUGAUUAGUAUCUGAUUACUUGGAAGUUUUUAGCAACUCUUAUUUUUUUGUGUUUGUUUUUUUGGAAAAAUGUCUUGUGUACAUGUAUAUAAUGUGUUUUUGUUCAACAAGCACAGCUCUUUUAUUGUAAAUGUUUGAAUGAGUGUAGAGUGCUCUAAUAUUUUGAACAAGUGAGUAACUGCAUAUCAUUUCGGAAUAUUCCUGUGUUUCAUGUUUUUUGUUUAUUUUGCUGACAAAUAGCUGUAACAAUACAAUAAAUAAGUAUAUCAAA